AAUACUUUCAGGCGUUGGAAUUAAUGCAAUUUACUUAUUUUUUUAUUAUUUCGGGACGAAAGCAAUUUCGGCUAUGCCUUUACUUCCCCUUUUUUUUUAAAUAAAAAAUAAUAUCUAUUUAAAUAAAAGCCCGAAGAAGAAGACAUGAAAAAUGAAAGCACGGAAAUUAAAUAAAAGAGAAAUAUGAGAGACUUCGGCAUUUCACAAGCUUCUUGAAAAUCCCUUCCUCUCUCUAUGUAGGGAUUUUUUUUGCUCUCAGGGUUCCAGUGUUUUUUUAAUCCGAUGCAAGGGAGUGAGUGGGUAAUCGGAUCUGUCAGGAUCUGAGCCUGGGAUCAUGUCGGAUAGAGAGUCAUUCGGCAUCGGCCUGCAGAAAAGUUCCGUGCCAUCGCAACCAUCAAUGCAUAACAUGAGAUUAACCUUCAAUUCCGAUGGAACGGCAGUCUACAAACCAGUCACAGGGAGCUCUCAAGGGUAUCUGAGUGGCGGCGGCGGCAGUGAGGGUCCCGCCACGCCAGUCAUCCAACAUGGCCUUAACAUGGCUGAACCGAUGAAACGGAAGCGCGGGCGGCCGCGGAAGUAUGGUCCCGAUGGCACCAUGGCCCUCGCACUGACACCCGUCUCCCCUGCCGCUCCUCCAUUGAGCGGGGGUAACAGUGGCGGGCUAUCUUCACCAACAUCCCCUUCAUUGAUGAUGAAAAAAGCAAGGGGCCGCCCACCGGGUUCUGGCAGCAAGAAGCAGAUGGUUGCUUUCGCACAAUUCAUCCUGAGGAAAUGGCUUGCAGGAUCCGCAGGAGUCGGAUUUACACCUCAUGUUAUAACAGUCAAAGCUGGAGAGGAUGUAUCCUCAAAGAUAAUGUCAUUUUCCCAGCAUGGACCACGGGCAAUUUGCAUACUCUCAGCAAAUGGUGCUAUAUCAAAUGUAACGCUGCGUCAGGCAGCAACAUCGGGUGGCACAGUGACUUAUGAGGGACGAUUUGAAAUCCUAUCACUUUCUGGCUCAUUUCUUCUCUCGGAAAGUGGUGGACAACGCAGCCGAACAGGUGGAUUGAGCGUAUCACUGGCUGGUCCGGAUGGCCGUGUUUUAGGUGGUGGAGUGGCUGGGCUUCUAACAGCAGCAUCCCCAGUCCAGGUGGUCGUGGGCAGCUUCAUUGCGGACACUGGGCAUAAGCAAUCAAAACCAAUGAAUCCUUUGGGCUCUUCUGCCCCACCAAAGAUGAACCCUGCUGGAGCAGCCGGGACUAGUAGCCCACCGUCGCGCGGAACACUGAGUGAGUCCUCAGGUGGGCCCGGGAGCCCGCUCAACCAAAGUGCAGGUGCCUUCAAUAACAGCACUCCACAUGGCAUCUUGACGAACAUACCAUGGAAAUAAGCAAGCUGUCACGUACAGCUGCAGAGGAGACUUGAGUCAUCCUGCGUAGAGGCACGUGUCGAGGCCACAUGUAAUCUGAUGCUUUUUAACUCAAAUGUAAUGUUAUCUGUGCUAAAAAAUGGAUUGGAGCUGGUGGCUUUUCCUCUUGACCCACUGACGUAGAUGUAUUACAUGGUGUAUGGUGCUUCCAUUCGGCACCCUGUGUGUUGGAAAAUAGAUGUAGUGUUUUUUA